AUGGCUCUGAAGAGGUCCCUCAUCUUGUUCCUGAUGCUGAUCCUGCUGCUGCUGGCACUGGUGUGGUUUGGGACUUCCCUGUGCCAGGAAACAAGGGCCAUGAGGUUCCAGAGACAGCACAUGGACCUGGGCACUGGCCCCAUGGGCAACCACACCUACUGCAACGUGAUGAUGGUGCACCGGAACAUGACUCGGGGAUUUUGCAAGGCAAAGAACACCUUUAUACAUGAGCCCCUGUCAUCGGUCCAGGCUAUCUGCGGAGACCAAAGUGUACCCUGCAAGAAUAGGACUAUGAACAACUGCUACAGUAGUAGAUAUCCCAUGUCCACCACACUCUGUGUACUGAGAAGUCGCCCCAGACCUCCCAACUGUACAUACAUCACCCACCCAACCAUUAAGCAACUCAUCACUGUGGCAUGUGACGGGACCCCACUUGGGCCUGUACAUUUUGAGCCUUAG